CACAACCGGGAACUGGGAAGCGGGUGCAGCGCGCGCGCGAGGUUGGGUCGUGGGCGCCGUCCUAGUGGCGGGGAGCGCACAGCCAAGAGGACAUGAGAUCGGAGAAAUCCCUUACGCUGGCGGCGCCGGGGGAGGUCCGUGGGCCGGAGGGGGAGCAACAGGAUGCCGGAGACUUCCCGGAGGCCGCUGGCGGCGGCGGCUGCUGUAGUAGCGAGCGGCUGGUGAUCAAUAUCUCGGGGCUGCGCUUUGAGACACAACUGCGCACCCUGUCGCUGUUUCCUGACACGCUGCUUGGGGACCCUGGCCGCCGAGUCCGCUUCUUUGACCCACUGAGGAAUGAAUACUUCUUCGACCGCAACCGGCCCAGCUUCGAUGCCAUCCUGUACUACUACCAGUCGGGGGGCCGCCUGCGGAGGCCGGUCAACGUGCCCCUCGACAUCUUCAUGGAGGAGAUUCGCUUCUAUCAACUGGGGGAUGAAGCCUUGGCGGCCUUCCGGGAGGAUGAGGGCUGUCUGCCCGAAGGUGGAGAGGACGAGAAGCCGCUACCCUCCCAGCCCUUCCAGCGCCAGGUUUGGCUUCUUUUUGAGUAUCCUGAGAGCUCCGGGCCCGCCAGAGGCAUCGCUAUUGUCUCCGUAUUGGUCAUUCUCAUCUCCAUCGUCAUCUUUUGCCUGGAGACCUUGCCCCAGUUUCGUGCAGAUGGUCGCAGUGGAAGCAAUGAUGGUGGUGUGAGCCGAGUCUCCCCAGUUUCCAGGGGAAGUCAGGAGGAGGAGGAAGAGGAAGAUGAUUCCUAUACAUUUCACCCGGGCAUCACCUCUGGGGGAAUGGGGACAGGAGGUUCGUCCUCACUCAGUACUCUUGGGGGCUCCUUCUUCACAGAUCCCUUCUUUCUGGUGGAGACUCUCUGCAUUGUUUGGUUCACUUUUGAGCUCCUGGUGCGCUUUUCUGCCUGCCCCAGCAAGCCGGCCUUCUUCCGCAACAUCAUGAACAUCAUUGACUUGGUAGCCAUCUUCCCCUACUUCAUCACCCUGGGCACUGAAUUAGUGCAGCAGCAGGAGCAGCAGCCAGCCAGUGGAGGGGGUGGCCAGAAUGGGCAGCAGGCCAUGUCCCUGGCCAUCCUCAGGGUGAUUCGCUUGGUCCGGGUGUUCCGCAUCUUCAAGCUCUCCCGCCAUUCCAAAGGGCUGCAGAUCCUGGGGAAGACCUUGCAGGCCUCCAUGAGGGAGCUGGGCCUGCUCAUCUUCUUCCUCUUCAUUGGAGUCAUCCUCUUUUCCAGUGCCGUCUACUUUGCAGAGGCUGAUGAUGAUGAUUCACUCUUCCCCAGCAUCCCAGAUGCCUUCUGGUGGGCAGUGGUUACAAUGACCACAGUGGGUUAUGGAGACAUGUACCCCAUGACUGUCGGGGGCAAGAUCGUGGGCUCUCUGUGCGCCAUCGCUGGGGUCCUCACCAUUGCCCUGCCUGUGCCAGUCAUCGUUUCCAACUUCAACUACUUCUACCACCGGGAGACAGAGCAGGAGGAGCAAGGCCAGUAUACCCACGUCACUUGUGGGCAGCCUACACCAGACCUGAAGGCAACUGACAAUGGACUUGGCAAGCCGGACUUCUCUGAGGCCCCCCGGGAACGGAGGCCCAGCUACCUUCCCACUCCACAUCGGGCAUUUGCAGAGAAAAGGAUGCUCACAGAGGUUUGACCCAGGCGGGCAGAGCCUACAUGAGAAGGGUGUACUAAGUGAACUAACUCUUAGGCUUCUUUCUCAUCCU